UUCAAAAACGUUGCCAGUCGUCUUUCUUUUUUCUUCGCAACGCCGAUGGAACGUGUAAUUUCGUUUUACAAAAUGGAGUACUCCAGUGUAAUCCCGUUUAGCACAGUGAUGUUGGACAGGUAUAUAUGUGCAAGAGGGCCAACGCUGCAAGCUAAAGCAGCGAGACACCUAAAGCUCAAUACACCAUCUUCCCACAAAUACUGUGAUGAAGAAGAUGAGGCUCCUCUGCUUGCUUGCGCUGCUGUUGCUACGGACGGCAACGGCACGAGCAUCCGCUGCCGUGCAAGGAAGCCAGGCCGGGAACAGGAGUAGUCUUCCGUCCCUGGCCGGCUGCCAGAAGAGCUGUGGCAACCUGAGUUUCGAGUACCCGUUCGGCAUAGGGGCGGGCUGCUUCCGGCCACCGCAGCGGGACUUUGAGCUCAUCUGCAACAAUGCCGACGGUGCCUCGCAGCACCCCAGACUCUUCCUGCACGACGGCCACACGGAGGUCGUCGGUGAUAUCAUCACGAGCGAUGAGGAUGGCUUACCAGAAAUUGAUGUAUCAUUUUCCCGUUCCGUCUCCGUGAGCCCUGAGGUCGAGGCAUACAACAUGUCCUGGAAUCCAUGGAAAUCUCCCUGUUACUAUCAUGUAAGUUUAAACUUCACUGGUUGCAACUUCGACAUGUAUAUGCUCGACCCCGACACCAACAAGAUGGUGGGUGGAUGCAAUACUACAUGCCCUCACGAAGAUAUCACGGAUUCGGUGGCCAGGCAGGACUGCAACGGUACAGGAUGUUGCACCACCCAGGUUUACUCCGAGUUUGCUAGGGGCUUCGACAUCAAGUUUGUCCGCCACAAGAUUGGGAAGCUGAAGCUCAAAGCGCACAAUAACCGAAGCUCCAUAUGGGAUACGAUUGAUGUAACCUCUAAUGACGCCUUAAUUACCUGGGCUAUCGCCGUUGAUGAACCUGGCCCCUUGGGAAACAGUACAGAUUAUGCAUGUCUCAGCAACCAUAGCAGCAGUCAACUGGCUUAUCAGUAUCACUAUACAGAUACUCCUCAGUAUAAUUGUUACUGUGACGGUGGUUACCGAGGCAAUCCAUACAUAACCGAUGGCUGCUCGCGUGACAAAGGAUACGAUCCGAUACAACGGAAGACCAACUGCUCUAGAUGGUGUGGGAAAAUCAGUGUCCCUUUCCCAUUUGGCCUAGAGGACGGUUGUUUUGCAAGGAUGUCAUUUCAGCUCCAUUGUACAAAUUCGUCAAUGCCUGCCCUCCAGUUUCCUCAAAACACAAUAUACCCCACUUAUGUAAAGUAUAUAAAUAUAACAGAGGGGCUAGUGAAUGUUAAAUACAGCUUAGAUGGUGAAGGGUACCGUUCAGUGUUUGUAUCUGGAGAUCCAGACCUAUAUGUUGCCUCUGGGGGUGUAGUACCACAGCAGUGGGCCGUAGCCAAUUUAUCAUGCCAGGAGGCACAGGAGAAUAGGACUGGAUAUGCAUGUGUCAGUAUGAAUAGCACAUGCUUGGGUGUCAGGUCUGAACGAGAAUAUGUUGGUUACCGUUGCAAAUGUAUGGCCGGCUUUGAUGGGAAUCCAUAUAUCACGGAUGGCUGCAAAGAUGUUGACGAGUGCAAGACACCAGGCACAUGUAAUGGGACUUGUCAUAACACCGAAGGAAGUCACUAUUGCACCGAAUGUCCUAGAAAUACAGUGUAUGAUACUACAAUAAAGAUGUGUGUAUCAACUAAAGAGCAGAAUCUGGUACUAGGUAUCGCCAUUGGGAUUGGCGUUGGUUUUGGAAUUCUACUUCUCAUAUCAAUUGUAAUAUUAUUCGUCCAUAGAUGGAAAAAAGGCAUCAAGAAGAAACUGCGAAGAAAGCAUUUUCGGCAGAACCAAGGUCUACUCCUUGAACAAUUGAUAUCUUCAGAUGAAAAUGCGAGUGACAACACUAAGAUUUUCUCACUAUCAGAGUUAGAAAAGGCAACAAAUAAUUUUGAUCCCACACGUAUCGUUGGUCGUGGAGGGCAUGUCAUGGUUUAUAAAGGCAUCUUAUCCGACCAACGGGUAGUGGCCAUAAAGAAGUCUAAAGUCAUUGAGCAAGUAGAGAUAAGCCAGUUUAUCAAUGAGGUUGCAGUCCUCUCCCAGGUAAAUCACCGGAAUAUUGUGAAGCUCUUCGGUUGUUGUCUUGAGACCGAAGUCCCACUGUUAGUGUAUGACUUCAUCCCUAAUGGUUCAUUAUUUGAAGUCCUUCAUGCCAAUACCACUAGCAGCUCAAUCUUGUCUUGGGAUGACUGUUUGAAAAUUGCUGCAGAAGCUGCUGGAGCACUCUAUUACCUCCACUCGGCUGCUUCAGUAUCAAUAUUUCAUCGUGAUGUGAAGUCCACUAACAUACUCUUAGAUGGAAAUUACACAGCAAAAGUUUCAGAUUUUGGUGCUUCAAGGUUGGUUCCUAUAGACCAAACUCAUGUCGUUACAAAUAUACAAGGCACCUUUGGAUACUUGGAUCCAGAAUAUUACCACACGGGUAUAUUGAAUGAGAAGAGUGACGUCUACAGUUUUGGUGUAGUGCUUGUAGAGUUGCUGCUCAGGAAGAAGCCUAUUUUUACAACUGACUCUGGGCUAAAGCAAAACUUGUCCAACUACUUCCUUUGGGAGAUGAGGGAGAAACCACUCGCAGAAAUAGUAGCUACUCAAGUUCUGGAGGAAGCAGCAAUUGAAGAGAUUAAUGAUGUCUCUAGUCUUGCAGAGACUUGUUUGCGACUACGAGGCCAAGAGAGACCUACAAUGAAACAAGUGGAAAUGAAAUUGCAGUAUGUGCGAUCCAAAAGGUUGAGAGCAUGCCAGGUUGCUGUGACAAAUGAAUACAUGCAACCCUUGUCAAGUGGACAAAGCCAAGAUACUCUUCCUAUGUUGACUACUCCGAGUGGUAUAGCAGACAGAGUUAAUAUAGCUUCUCAGAGGAACCAAAAUUGCUACAGCUUGGAGCAAGAGUUCAUGGCAUCGGCGACUCUCCCACGCUAGUCCAUCGUGUUCUUAGCAUUAAUGUUUGGUUGUCUACUUUUCCUAUUGAAGUGCUAUAUCAUUUGCCUCCUAUGAUGGAGAGGGUAAAGUAUACUCUACACUGUAUAGUGCACUAAAUAAUGGGCGCUUUAUACUGUCCAGAUUGGAAAGUUUCAUUCUUAUUCUUGCCUUAACAAAAA